CCUCCUCCCCGCGCAAUUCCAACUCCGCGGUGCCCUCCCCUCGCUGUUUCCCUCAGAGGAAGGGAAGGAAGGUGGACGGCGGGAGAGGUGGGCCGUGGCCACUGCAGCAGGAGGAGAAAGAAGGCAAAGAAAAGGUGGCGAAGGAGGAGAGAGCUAGGGAAGGAGGAAGAGAAGGCAUGCCCAUGCCUUCCCUCCCGGAGGCUCCUCCGCCAAGAUGCAGCCCGCGCUCCUCGCCCAGAGCCACGCCGGAGCCCGAGACCACGAACAACAGCAGCAGCAAGUGCAGCUGCGGCAGAAGCUGAGGGAAUUGCCGGCGCUGCUCCGGAGCGGGCUCACUCUGCGGAGGAAAAACUCCACCGCCGGAGGACGGAUUGUAUCAAGAAGGAUUUCAAAUCCAUAUCUGGAAAACCCUCCCAGCAAGAUUUAUGGAGAGGGUGCAUCAUGUGCUGCGAGAGCUCUCAGAAAUGUUUUUGUUCUACAAGCUUCUGAUCUGGUGAAAGACAGGAUGUCUCUCAUGGGGCUUUGCAGGCGAAGCUCCAUUGGAUCUGAACUUGUAGACUGGCUGCUAAAGCACUGUCCUUUCAUUAAGGCUAGAUCUGCAGCAGCGGGCAUUUGGCAGCUCCUACUGAAUAUGGGAAUUGUGUUAUCAGUGGACAGACAGGUUUGCUUCCAGGACAAGUAUGUUUUCUACCAGUUCUCAGUGGAUGAGUGUACAUAUCUUUUCUGUGAAUAUGAAGGAGAAGAUGGGUGGAAAAACGGUGUGAAGCUUUUACUGCAGCUAGUGCCUGUUAUUCCUACAAGGAUUAAUACGUGUAAUUUGAAUAACAGAAAAAUAGAAGACACCACUGAAACAAAUGCUGAAAUUCUUGCUCGCCUCACAGCUGCGGUGCAGAGAGAAUUGGCUACAGUUCUUGCUAUGAAGGCAAGAAAAUCAGCAAUGAGUCAUAACGAUGAACAUGGCAGUGAAGAAGCAGCCCGGCAAGAAGAUCAGAAGAAUGUCCAUGAUGCAGAGGCAGGAGUUAUGUGCAAGCUUCAAGAACGAGAGGAUAUUGGGCGUCUUGAACUUGUCCAGAAACUGGCAAAUGAAAAUGGCCAUCUUCUAUAUACAGACAAAAAAGAACCAAAGAAGACAGACCAGCUGGAUGAUGAAGUGACUACUAUUCAAGUGAAGGAACUGGACCAAGAUGUGCUGGUGCUUAAGAAGGUGUCGUCACAUAGCCCAGCCCCCACAACAGGGAGUGCCGAAAGUGAUUGGAGAUAUGUGGUGGUGUCCGGGACUCCCGAGAAGAUUUUGGAGCAUCUUUUGAAUGACUUGCACCUGGAAGAAGUACAGGACAAAGAGACAGAGACGCUCCUGGAUGACUUUCUUCUCACAUACACAGUCUUCAUGACAACUGAUGACUUGUGCCAAGCUCUCUUAAGGCAUUAUUGUGCUAAGAACCAUCAAGGGAAAGAAGAGAGGUCAGAUGUUCCCUGCAGAAAACGAAAAGUCUUACAUUUGGUGUCUCAGUGGACUUCGCUCUACAAAGAUUGGUUACAUGAAGAUGAGCAUUUAAAGCAGUUUCUAAAGACAAUAUACAGGAAUGUGUUGGAUGAUGUAUAUGAAUACCCUAUGCUUGAAAAAGACCUGAAAGAAUUCCAGAAAUUACUUGGAAUGCACCGUCGUCACACUGUUGAUGAAUAUUCACCUCACAGAAAGCAUAAAGCCAUUUUGCAUCAGUUCAGCCUAAAGGAGAACUGGCUUCAGAACAGAGGGACUGUGACUGAAACAGAGGAAGUUUUUUGCCGUGUGUAUAUAACAGAGCAUUCUUAUGUCAGCGUAAAGACUAAAGUAGCCACUUCAGCACAGGAGAUCUUGAAAAUUGUGGCAGAAAAGCUCCAGUGUUCGCAGGAAGACUUGGCUCUAGUGGCGCUCUCGUUCUCUGGAGAAAAACAUGAAUUACAACCCAAUGACCAUGCCAUUUCCAAAUCCCUUGAGUUAUCUGCUCGCAUGUUUGUGUUUCGAAAGGAUCUGACAGAUACUCUAAAUCCUUUCGCUGAAAAUGAUGAAACUCAGCAACGUUCAGUGAGGAUUCUGGGAAUUAACACUUGGGACCUUGCUCUGGAGUUAACAAAUUUUGAUUGGAAUCUUUUCAACUUGGUUCAUGAACAAGAGCUGAUAUACUUCACCUUCAGCAGGCAGGGCAGUGGGGAAAACACUGUGAAUCUUAGUCUUCUGCUUCAAAGAUGCAAUGAAGUUCAACUCUGGGUUGCCACAGAAAUAUUGCUCUGCAACCAGCUCUGUAAACGUGUACAGCUUGUGAAAAAGUUCAUCAAAAUUGCUGCUCACUGCAAAGCUCAAAGAAACCUGAAUUCUUUUUUUGCCAUUGUUAUGGGUCUCAACACUGCAUCAGUCAGCCGACUUUCUCAAACAUGGGAGAGAAUCCCUGGAAAGUUUAAGAAACUCUUCACCGAACUUGAAAGUCUGACAGAUCCUUCUUUGAAUCAUAAAGCCUACAGGGAUACAUUCAAGAAAAUGAAGUCUCCAAAAAUUCCCUUCAUGCCUUUACUACUGAAAGAUGUAACAUUUAUACAUGAAGGAAAUAAAACAUUUCUGGAUAACCUUGUUAACUUUGAAAAACUGCAUAUGAUUGCAGACACAGUCCGAUCACUGAGACAUUGCAGGUGCAACCAGUUUGGAAAUGAAGUGCCAGCAAAAGAGCAUCAGGAGCUGAAGUCGUACGUCCAUCACUUGCACAUCAUUGAUAACCAGCAGAUGUUGUUUGAGCUUUCUCAUAGGAUAGAGCCUCGUGUGUGAACGCAGGCAGACUCACCUAACUGCUGCACUUUCAAUCAAGUGAAUGUUUAUGCCAAGCAUGUUGCUUCCCUAGGAGAGAGAUGGUUUACUGAGUUUUAUCAGUAACUGAUGCCAUAAUGUGCAUGCAUCUCUUGGAAAGUAAGAAGAGGAGCUCUUUGAAGCAGCCUUCUGUGAGGAGGGAAUGCCAAAUACGUUCAACUGCAGGACAGAGAAAAAAGGAAUAGCUUUCUCCACUUUCAGACAUAUGGCUUCUUUGGAAAUAUAUCUUGGUCCAGAGUUGCUUUCAGUCCAGAUUCUGUCAGUGUUAAAUUGAAAUAAAAUGUCAUGUUACUAUGAAGGGACUUUUCAACAAGCAGCAUUGUGUGAGAAAGGUGUAGAUGAUUUUCUGCAUAAGGAUGUGCACCUGACUGAUUCUAAGCUGCCAAAGUAUUGACUGUUGCCAAAAAGUAAUAAUGGGACCUCUGAGUAGUCUUCCUUGGGUAUGUAUGUAUCAACCACUGCACAAUUGAAAUAUUGACAAAUGACAACUUGUACUAACAGAAUUCAAACAAAUUGUAAAAUUGUAGCAAAACACCAGUUGAUAAUUUAUUUUAGCAUGCCUUACAUUUACAGCGAACUUCCCAUAUUAUUGUGGUAAUACAUACAGUGCUUUUACACUGGAUUGAGUCAAACAGUGCUUUGAGCAUUUUUUUUAUAGUUAGUGUUAUUUAAAUUAGAGGAUCAUCUUUUUCCAUCUCCUUGCACAGUUAUUUUAAUUCAGGCAUCCAAUUUUCACUACAGUUCAAUGAGCCACUAGCUUUAUUAGAGGUCACAUUCUCAGGUGUCACUGCCAUCAGUAACUACAGCAGAGACUCGCUUAUCCAACAUAAAAGGGGAGGCAGAAAUCGACAGAAAAAGCAGUUCAAUACACAGUAAUGUUAUAUAGUAAUUACUGUAUUUACGAAUUUAGCACCAAACUAUCUGAAUGUAUUGAAAACAUUGACUACAAAAACACUGACUACUAAAAGACAGACUGCAUUGGAUAAUACAAAAUGUUUGAUAAGCGAAGGUUGAAUAAGUGAGAUUUUACUUUAUGUUGAAUCUGCUGUGUACAUAUUCUACCAUUUUGAAGUACCAAAAGACCGAAGAGAUUAUUCAGGCACUUAGUUCAAGCCUCAACCCUACUGCUUUUUAACCUUUGUUGUGAGUAUCCUGCCAGUUCCUCUUCAGAGUUGAAGGAGAUAGUAUUGCCGUGUUUGGGGCAAUAUUGCCUUCUCCUUAACUGAAUGCUGGAUAUGGACUCUAGGAUACAACAGGUAAAAUGGUGAGAUUACAAAAAUGAAAAUCCAACUGAAACCAAAUUGGGAACAUGUUCAAGGGAAAGAUUUUGGAACCACUUCCCAAGUAAAGCCAGAUGUGAAGUCUUUGUCAGUUUUCUCUCAUUAGGAUGCAACUUAAUAGCUCAGGCAAAAUUUGAAGUGACUGCUGAACCUUAAUCUGAUGUGAGAUAGGGUUUCAUCAUGAUGAGAGAUCAGCAUUUUUUUUGAAAGACAGAUGUUGCUGAUAACACAAAUAAUAUGAUACAGUGUGGUGGAAACUCUUUCCUUGAAGGCUUUUAAACAGAGGUUGGAUGGCCAUCUGUCAGGGGUACUUUGAUUGUGUUUUUCCUGCAUGGCAGGGAAUUGGACUAGAUGGCCCAUGUGGUCUCUUCCAACUCUAUUUUCUAUUAUUCCAAUAAUAUAAUGCCCUUUGAGACAUCUGGGUCCCAUGCAACACAUGUCAAAUCGUUGUCCAGGUGCUUGUGUCAAAAGGUAAAUCCUGAGAUUUCAAAACAUGACUCAGAAGCAAACAUUUCCAUCUAAAUCAUUCUCCUUCAACAUCUUGUUUCCGUUUUAUAGAUCAAAGCAACAUGUUAAUAUUCCCAGAAAUCAUAUAUAUUCCAUUUUAAUUGAGAAUACCUUCAUUGCUGUGGCAUUGAGUUCUGCACAGAAUGAUUGGUAAAUAUGAUGCAAGGCAAUAUAUUUCACUGUCAAAAUUUAUUUAUAUGUAACUUUGUACAUACUCCUUUAUAGCAGCAGUGUGUGUAUAUUGCUUUGCAGGAGAGAAGAUUUAGCUAAAAAUACAAAUCUUCUGAAUCAUUUGAACUCUUUUCCCCUUGUUAUUUGUGGACGUUAGGACAUUACCUUCAUUAAUGUCAUUCUAUUAAAAAGAAGCUUUAAGUGGUAGGGUUUGGCGGAUAUUUUAUUUUUUAUUUUGGGGCAGUGAAGAUUGGCUUCACCAAUAUGAAAAUUGUGAAAAUACUGUACAGGUAUAGUGUAAAGACAAUGUAUGUUUCAGAAAUGUAAUUUAUUGUACAUUCUGUAAUGGAUAUAUUAUAUUAUUUCUCUGAAUAGCAUUUACCUGGUAAAAAAGGGGAGGAAACUGAUAAAUAUCUGUUGUUCAGAUGGUUGCACCUAUCAGUAACAAGUCAGAUAAACUAUUCAAGCAAAUGAAUGGAGCUUACUGUUAAACAUCCUACUGCAACUGAAUUGGAAGGGCAAGAUAUGUUUAAUUGAGUGGAUGAGCAGUGAAUGAGCUAUACAUGUUGGCUGUAUGCAUGAUUUCUGCCCACACACAUAAACUGUUGUAAAUAACUCUUAAAAACCAUAGAAGCAAACCAGACCUUCAGAGAAUAGAAAUAAAUAUUACAAAAGAAGGGAUUGCAUGAUGCCUGCCUCAUGCAGAGUAGCGUUUGCAGGGGACAAUUAGAUGAGUUGCUUAACCUGUACAAUAUUGUAAACCAAUUUUAAGAUUUUUUUUCUAGAAAGUGGGAAUCUAAAAAUAAAAAGAAACUCUUCUCACACCUACAGUUUACCCGAGAAAGUGUACCUACGGUUUUUAAAAAAUAGAUUAGUCUCUUUUCCAGACUCGGGACGAUAUGCUCAGUUAUGGGGAGAAAUGGAGAGGUUGGUGAUGAAUGGAUAUACAAAAGAAGACAUGUAGUCAUUCUUACCUGCAAGUGCUUUCUCCCCCUUGCAUGUACAUUAACUGGCACAUGUUUGCUGGGAAAAUAUGUUGUUUCUUCCACAGUUAAAAAUAGCUCUAAUGCACUAAUUCUUUUCCUGCACAAAUCUGGUAAGGCAAUAAUGUAAGUCAAUUGGUUUCCUUGAUUAGUUGUGUUCUGAAUUCCACCAGAAAAACUAAUCAGUUAUUCCUAGACCAUUUUCUCAUUCCAUGUUUUACUAGUUUUUUCUACACUCCAUAGGCAGUUCAAUGAAGCAAUGGAUAAAUCUCAAAAGUGAUACAGAAGCCACUUGGCUGGUGUUUGACCAAAAAUGCUAGUCAAAAUUAAGUUCUGAAUCAAACUAUUUUAUGAUGCCAGAGAUGGACUAAUAUUACAGCUUUGACUUAGCAAAUGCAAAGAUUAAGAUGGUUGAUUAACAUCUGGAUAAUAUAUUUAUGGCUGUGCAAUGUCAAACGCAUCAGUUUUGAGAGACAAAAUCAAAAACCCUUUGUGUCAUUUAAAAAAAUUGAUAUGCAGGACAGUGUUAAAUUAAACUAAAUAUAUUAUUAAUAAGCAAACUAUAUAAGACCAUUACCUUCAGAUAUCAUCUUACUACUAAAGAACCAAAUAGUAUUGUUUCUUCAAAAAUAGGGUCAGACUCUAGUCUGUUUAAAGUGGAAAACAUCAUCCAAGGUUGAGCUCAGGAAAACCUCAUUUUGUAAAUUUGCAGCCAAAGCCAGUUGUGGAUGACAUUGUUAGACAGCUGCCUACGUAUGUACAAGCCCACUUCUCAGUUCCUGGAACACUUUUAAAAAUUGUGAUACAGAAUCGCAUCUUAUACAUCAAAUGAAUGUUUAAAUAAAAGCAAGUAUAGGUUACAAACAAAAUAAGAGAUGGGCUGACUUCUGGAAACAUGAUGGAAUAAUUAGGACUAUUGACUGAACCAGUGUUUUGGUAGAUAGUGUACCUAUCCUUCAUGUAUGUUGUGAAUUGGUUGAGCCCCAUGGCAAGCAAAGGGUUUCAGAAAAGAAAUUUGAAUGUCUGCUUAAUUUCUUCCUAAGAGCAAUGGGAACAUAAUGGGAUUGGUUUCGAGCAAACAUGCAUUAGAUUGCACUAUAAAUUUUUCUGGAUUAAGCAUCCUAUUAAUUGUAGCUAUCAAGAGACUCAGCAAUUAGUGGAGGAGAGGAAACUAAACAACUUUGCAAUACUUGUAUUCCGAGUCACUUUAUCAAUUUAACAUAUUUUGCGCCCUCAUGAGCAAAGAAAUACUCAACAAAUUGAAUAACAUACAAAUACACAUACAUCAAAUAAUAGUUGGAUUAAAAAUGUAAGCAAAGUGAGUUGUACAUAUUAACCUUUUUAGCAAAUGACUGUUUCCAUAGCGUAUUUAUUUGUAUUCUUCUUCUUCCAUUAGAUACUGAAUACAGUCAAUAAACAGGGGUAAGGCACUUGUCCUGUCAAUUCUGGUCUCUCUGAAGUGCUAACUUGCUGUCAACUUGUAUUAAUGCUAACAGGAUACAUUGCCCAAACCAAGGUUAUUUGCUUAACUUCUCAGGGACCACAUUACGUACUUACCCGCUGAUAUUUGAACUGCUGUGUAUAAAAUGCUCCCGAUUGACCAGGAACAUGGUUGCCAAUGUAUUCCUUGCUUGUUGGCCUCUGUAUAUAUCAUUGUGUUGUGUAUUUAUGAGAGCUAGUAAGCAAUAAUUUAUAUGUCAAAAUGGCCAAGCAAUACAAAGACAAAACUUGUAAAAGCAAAUGUUAUGUUUAAACUUUUUUUAAAUAUUGCUUUUCAAAAUACAAACUGUACUAAUGAAACCUG